CAGCAACAGAGCAGCUUCUGUCUUGUGUCAAAAACAAGAAGACCAGCCAGUGAUCGCCUCCCGAAACAACACCUCCCAACUCUCAGAAAACAAGUUUUUUCUACGCCUUCUCUAUUGACGUUCCUUGAGGGAGCAGCCUUUCGCUACCGCCGCCACUUCACGUCUUCCCACGCAAGGCCAAGAUGUCGGUGGCCGUGUGCCGUGGCCCGGCCGUGCCGGCGUUCGAGACCCCCGCCUGGCUGCGCCCGGCUGAGCCGUACAAGCCGGCCGCGGCGGUGGCCGACGACCGGCCUGCGCAGGUCGACAUAUGGAAUGCCAUCCAGGCCGACGUGGUCGAGAGCAAGGUGGCCGCCGCCGCCAAGAAGCCGUACGUCAGCCCGCGCGUGCGCCGCUCGAUGAGCCAGAAGAGCCUCGAGAUCUGCACCGAGAGCCUCGGCUGCGAGACCGGCUCCGGCGACUUCACCGCGUCUCUCGACGCCGUCGACAUGGACUGCUUCUUUGGUGGCUCGCCGAUGCCGACGGCGCCCGUCGAGGCAGAGGAGUCCUUCUGGGAGAGCAGUGCCGCGCGAGAAAGCUGCUACCCGGGAGACGGGCUCGUGGCGGUGAACUACCACUCCUCGGGCGGGAGACGGUCGCCGCGCCGCUCGUUCCCGCCGCCGCUGCCGUCCAUGUCGAGCCGCGACGGGCCGUGUUUGAAGAUGUGCUCGCGCCGCCAGGACGGCCGCCUCGUCGUCGAGGCGGUGGUGGUGAGGCCGCGCGGGUACCUCCAGGCGAACCGCCAGGGCGGCCGCCUCCGCCUCUCCUUCAUCGAGUGCUCUGCUCGUGGCCAGAGCGCGGCGGGCAAGAGCACCGCGCCGGCCGAGGCGUCCUUCUUCCCGGUGGUGGAGGACAAGUGCGAGCCAGAGCAAGAGGUGGCCAUGCAGGUGGAGGAGGAGGCCGAGGAAGACGAGGAGGAGGUGGAGGUGGUGGACAGAGGAACCAUGGUGGAGGUGAAGGUCAGCUCGCAGCCGCAGGCGCCCGCCGCCGCCAAGGUGCACCGGUCGACGCUCGUGAUCAACAAGUUCGUCGGCAGCACGCCCUUCACCUUCACCUCCGAGGAAGCGCGGUGCCACGCCGACGCGCCGCACCCCGAGCCGUCCGCGCGCGACGAAACCCCAGCGCUGCGCCGGGUGCCCUCCUCCACGACGACGCUCGCGGCCGCGGUCGCGGUGGCGUCGACCGAGACCGGCGCGCCGCGCACCCCCGUCGACGGCGACGACAGCGACGACGAGGAGGAGGACGACGAGUGCGGCGGACAGCACCACCCGUCGUCGGCCUCGGCCCUGGCCGCCGCCGACAGGAAGCCGCAGCAGCUCCUCCUGUUCACGUCGCGGAGGGGCGACAAGCACGACCUGCUGCAGAGCGUGCGCCGGUGCCGGCAGCUGCGGCAGAAGCCGCUCUUCAUCCUGGAGCAGUACUGCAUUGCCACCUCCUAAUCAAUCGCACGUGCGCUCGCCCGACGAAACAUGUCCAGCAUUUGCAUUUGCACUUGCACUGCUGCUAAUGCGAUAGUUGGGUUGCUGGGCUUAAACUAAUCCCAGAUAGUUAGCCUAGCCAAUGGGAUGGAUAAUAACAACCUUAAUCCGUGGCCACAGUGGCUGCUGGCUGCAUGCAUGCCGGGCUUUUUGUGACACAUGCCGCCCAUGUGUCGCUCAUUUUCCCCCGAUCGAUCGAUCGAUCGGUCGGGUCGCCGUUUGGUCCCGGUGCAUGCAGUGCCUCCGGCCGGCGUGACCGUACUACUUCACUGCACUCGUGAUGUAUUUCCAGUGUGAUUUGAGUAAUUAUUCAAUGAAUUAACAGAUUGUUGGCUGUA